AUGUCUAAUCUGCGCCAUCUUCAACUUUUUGGAAAGCGGAUAGAAAAUAGGGGACUGGAAGCAAUUCUCGAUGGAUGCCCCCACCUCGAAUCACUUGAUCUUGGGAGAUGCUAUGGUCUUGAUAUGCAAGGGGCUCUAGUCAAAAGAUGUUCCGAGCAAAUAAAAGAUCUGAGGCUCUGUCCGGUGUCUCCACCCUCUAUCAGAUAUCUAGGUGAGGAUUACGACAGUGAUUCGUCAUUUUAUUAUUCCAGUGAUAGAGAUGAAGAGUCCGGUGUCUCCACCCUCUAUCAGAUAUCUAGAUGGGGAUUAUGA